CAAACGGCUUUCGCGGCAAUCGCAAUUCGAAUGCGGCAAAAAAAAAUAAACAAAAAAAGUAAAACGUCAACUCGUUUUUCAAACCAGUGUCAGUGAUUUAUAAAUAUUAUUAUUUGAAUAAAAGGAUUUGAAUUAUGAAUAAACAAUGAACUGACUGAUACAGGUGUAUUUCGUGCCGUGUUCUGUACAUAUUUUCACCAUUUUCACAUCUUCUGCCGUAGAUUAAGCGACUAUUUUCUUUCUUUAUUUUAGUGGAAUUAGAGUGAUUGUGACUUUAGAUUGCUUUUACGUACAAAUUGUUGUGUGAUUGAUAGCUAACCUGAAGGAUUAAGCAUUGAACGGUACAUUUCGUGACUUUGAAUACAGGUCGCGCGUGAAUCAUCGCACCCUUAAAACACCCACUAAAUCAUACGAACAAUUAAUAGUUGCAUUAGAAAAUACCCAACCAAAAAAACAUGGCGCUUGAAUUUGACAGUUCUAAAAUAGAGCGCGUCGCAGUCGGCAGGGGAAGUUGAACGUUUAAAAAUGUAAAAGUUCAAAAAUAACAACGGAUAUAGGAAACGAAUGUCGGGAAGCACAAAUAGUGAGUGAGUGAGUGAAAAAUGUCGAACUUUAGGCGCGCUAGGGGUGUGCCACCUUUAUUUUUGUUGUUGCGGACUCGGAACGGGUGUUUUAGUUUUUAUUUAGUGCUGAUCUGUGCUUUUGGGGUGUGCGGUGGAUACAGAGAACAGAAGUUUGCCAUGGAGCCGCAGGAUCAGACUGCAGUAGUAGGAUCAAGAGUGACUCUCCCCUGUCGAGUGGAGAACAAAGCUGGCCAGCUUCAGUGGACGAAGGAUGACUUUGGUCUUGGUCUCCAUCGAGAGCUCAGUGGCUACGACCGAUAUCGCAUGAUCGGGAGUGAUGAAGAAGGAGACUAUUCUUUGGACAUUCGAGACGUGACGUUGGAUGACGACGCCAAAUACCAGUGCCAAGUCAGCUCCGGGGCUAAGGGUGAGCCAGCAAUUAGGUCGCGUUACGCCCGCCUCACAGUCCUCGUACCGCCUGAACCACCCAAAAUCCUGCAAGGGAAAUACCUCUCUACGAUAGAAGACCGACACGUCAAAUUGGAAUGCGUGUCCGUUGGAGGAAAACCCCCGGCAGAGAUUACCUGGGUAGAUAGUAAUGCUGGCGUUAUAACACAAGGAGUCACAUAUAGUGUUGAAGCGUUGUCAGAUGGUCAGAGAUUCACAGCCAGGUCAAUAUUGAAAAUGACUCCAAAACAAGAGAACCAUAAUCAAACGUACAUCUGCCAGGCGCAGAACACAGCAGACAGAGCCUAUAGGGCAGCAAGCAUACAGAUUGAGGUAAAAUACGCGCCAAAAGUGCAAUUACGCAUAAAAUCUGGAGUCAACGGUAGAAUACCGGAAGGGGAAGACGCCGUUAUUGCAUGUGUCGCUGACGCCAACCCAUCUAACCUCACCUUCAAGUGGUACAUGAACGAUGAACUUAUGGUCGGAGAGAAUGAAACUGAACUUCGAAUUCCCAAUGUGACUAGAAAAUAUAGCGAAGUUGUGAUAAGAUGCGAAGUUUACAACGAGGUGGGCAAGAGUGAAGAGGCUAAGACUUUGGAGAUCACUUAUGCACCAACAUUUCGAAACCGCCCAAAAGAUGUUGAAGGAGAGAAGGGAUCUUCAGUGACUCUCAGUUGUGACGUUGAGGGGUAUCCUCCUCCUGAGAUCAGAUGGCUCCAUCAUGAGGAAGAUCAGACUAUUAGGGUGGGCAGAACUCCGAAUCUAACGUUGACGCUGGAUACACAUACAGCAGGGCGAUAUCUUUGUAAAGCCAGUAUAGAAGGCUACCCGGAGAUAGAGGCUGAAGCAUCGUUAUUUAUCAAAGGUCCUCCAAAAAUUCUAUCAAACCACACCCAGUUUGGGUCCCAAGGCGACACGGUUAACAUAGAGUGUGCUGCUUUCGCUGUACCCAGGAUUGACAGCAUAUUGUGGACCUUUGAUGGCCGGGACAUUGACAGUCUGCAUGAUCAGGACUACGCGUUCCUCGAAGAUGUUCAGUUGGGAGGCGUAAUUAACUCAACACUAAUUAUAAGGGAGAGCCAGUCGAAGCACUUCGGGACGUACAAAUGCAAUGUCUCCAACGAGUAUGGGAGUGACACCCUGGAAAUUGUUCUCAAGCCUAACAAAACAUUCCCCCUCUUACUGAUCUUGUUUGGGGUGACAUCGGGGACGAUAAUGGUCGCGGCUCUCGUUAUGCUGGUCAUCUUAUGCCAGAGAAAGCAGAGGAAGAAUAAACAGACCCAAGUUGCGGAGAAACCAGACGUAACGGUGACGGCCGAAGAGCUGUUCAAAGAAAACGAUCGGAAUUCAAAUAUCAGCGAUUUGAAAUUGGAGCUUCGUCAGGCGAAUGGGAGUUGUGAAGUGGAUUACUCCAACACCGGUUCAGAUAGCACUCUAUGCUCGAAUGCAAAGCUGGGUACAGGGAUACCCUUAGCUGGCACCGUGCCUCUAUCUUCAAUCAACCAGGGAACCGCAUAUCAACCUUAUAGAUACAGCAAUGAUUACAGCGAUCCUGCUUAUGCUGAUUGUUAUAAGGUAAACGGCUACAGUAAUGGAUAUUCCACAUAUGUCCAUUACGGACAUGACUACACCCCCGGCUCGCUGCGAGUUCAGUCACCCACACUAAGUAGUGACAAACUUACUCCUAAUAGGUCAGUGAACGGUAGUCUACCAAGAAGUGUAGACACGACAUCGACAGUCCAAUUCAACCCUGGUAAUGGGUCCCAGAACAAUUCCUUACAGCGCCCCAAUAAAAGGCAGGAUUGCAGCAAUGCUUUGAACAACUUAGGACUACCUACUACCACUGAAGCGAACAGAAUACCAAACGGUGGUAUCAUUCAUGGUGUAGACGUAAGAUACGCAGCAACGUAUGGGAAUCCACAUCUAAGAACGGGUGGUGGGUUAGGGUUUGCUACUACAGUGAAUACUGCCAAGCCUGCUUCGACACCAGCGCCACCGCCUUAUUCUUCUGUAAGGAGCUCGGUUAUACUGCCUUCUGGUACUUCAUCACAUUCUAUAACAUCUCCUACUAGUCUCGCGUCGCCACAAUGUGCAACCAGUCCCAUUACAACAUCUACUAUGUCGACUGAUAGCACUCAGCCAGCACUGGGAGUAGCAACCACAUCGACCACACCGCAGUCGCCGAGUGCCCACUACAUACUAGCGCCGUCGAAUAGAACCAUUAGUAAUGCUACCGUUACUAAGAAAGGUAAUGGUCAUCAACAGCCUCUAGCAACUCACGUAUAACCAACGAUUUAAAAAACUAUUUAAAAAUUAAAUUUUGAAAAAUAUUAAAAGAAAAGUGACCAUUUUAUCAAAAAAAAAAACUGUGUUUGUGAAGUGAUUUCCUGUGAUGUUAUAAACUUAUUAUACAGUGUGAAAAACGUUGACAUAAGUGACUUAGAACAAACAAACUUAUCUUGUAAUUAUGACUUUUGAAGUUUGUCAGUUUUUCGUACCUUGUACAAGUUUUAAGUGAUUUUAAAUAUCAGUGUCAAUUAAAAUGUAUCAAUUUAUUGUUUAAAUAAUUAUCUAUUUCUACAUUUUGUUUUCUAUAUAAAGGUGUGUACCCACUAAUCGAGAGAUGCACCUAUUCGGGCAUUUUCUUAAUUCGGACAUGAACUAGCCCUAGUCAAAAGUAAACUAUGGGUCAGGUAAUAUUAUGUUUUAAGUAAGUAUAUGCAAUGACUUCUAAACAAAUGGAAAUAAGUACCAAGUUUGU